UUAGCUCGUCGGAAAUUCUCGGAGUCUGGUCUUCCUUAACAGUCCUCCGGUCUCAUUUUCUUCUUCUUUUUUUAAUUUUUAUUUAUAUAUAUAAUUUUUUUUUCUUUUUUAGUUUUUGUACUUUGUGGUCAGUUUCAAUUCUAAUCAAAGGCCACUCAGUCUCCGAAUUUUCUUUGUUCUAUUUUUUAUUUUCAUUUAUUUGUGUCUGAAUUUGGUUUUUUCUCUCUCUAGAAAGAGAGGUAGGAGAGAGAGGGGCGAGGACUCGGAACCUCCGUCGUCCGGCGCUCACCGGAAAAUUGAGAGCGGCCGGCCGGAUAGACGAGGAGUUUCUGAGGGAGAAAGAGACAGCGAUUGCUUGCAGAGGAGAGGGGAUUAUAGGGAGGAAAUUGAGAUUGUGUAAUAUAUUCAUAGAAUACCUGUGGUUAACGUGCAAUGCAGGAAAAACAGAGGAGAGAGAAAGGCAUCGAAGCUUUGGAGGUUCUUGCACGGCACAGAAACCUAGAUCUCUUCUUCAAUCUCCCGUCCUUCCCUUGCCUUAUGCCGUAAUUUAUUCGAAUUUUCUCUCUCUGGAUUUCUUAAGCCUCACUCCGUUGCCUUUCUAUAAAAUCUGCUUUGCUGUUGUAUCUCUUUCUCUCUCUAUUUUUUUGUUUGAAAUUCCCCUUCUGGUUUGGUUCUUUUUGUUCUCGGCAUCUCUGGUUUUUUUGUGUCCUCGGAGAUGGUACUCAAAUUCUAAAAAGAUUGCUUUAUACGUGCUCUGGUGGAAUCCAAAGACUCAGUUUUCUCACCUUCUUAGUACUGUCUUCUGAAUCCAUUUUGCAUAAUGCCAUCCCAGAUGGUGGACCCUCACAGUUUAUCUCCAACGUCCUUCUUCUCUGAGGAGAUGCGUUUUCAUGACGAGAGGCCUGUUUCAUUUUGGAAGUCAGAUAGCCUGUCCAAUUACCAUGGUCUGAAAACGGAUGAAACAUUCAGAGGAGGUGUUCCUUCUUCAAUAGAAGAGCAGAAGGUAAACGGUACAAUUGAAAAGCAUGCAAUUCGACUGCAAAAAGCUGCCAGCUACUCUUUGCCAAGAACUCUUAAUAAUGACCUAGGCGCAAGAUCUAUUUUCAAUACAGAAUCUGCAUUAUAUUCAACAGAAGGUGACAAACUAAAUAUGGCGGGGACUCAACAUGAAAAUGGUCUUUUUUCCAGCUCAUUAUCAGAGUUGUUUAGUAAAAAUUUGCAACUAUCAACAAACAAUUUUCCACAUGGAAAUUCUGCUGGUGCAGCUGCUGCCUCACACUAUGAGGAAGAGGAACCUUUGGAAUCCCUUGAAGAACUUGAGGCUCAAGCUAUUGGGGAUCUUCUCCCUGAUGACGAUGACUUGCUUUCUGGGGUGACAGAUGGGCUUGACUGUGUGCACAGAUCCUAUACUGGGGAAGAGGAUUUGGACCUGUUUAGCAGUGUUGGAGGGAUGGACCUAGGUGAAGAUGAUUCCUCUUAUGGUUCUCAUCGACUUGGUGGAAUCCCAUCUAGCAUGGGCAGUGGGACAAAUAUUGCCGUGAAGUUUCCAAAUGGAGCUCCUUGUUCUCAAUACAUGGACAAAACCCUCAGCCAUGGGAUGUCAAUAAGUUUUCCUAACAGCUUACCCAGUCUGUUAAGGCUGGAAUCAGUUGGUAACCAAUCUAAUCUUAGUGAGACCAACCACUUGCAGAAUCAAAUGAACAUUGAGUUUAGGGGCUCGCCAAAUUGCCACCCUAAUUCUCUUCCUAAAUAUCAUGAUGGUUUAACCAAUUUAACUCCCUCCAAUUCUCCAGGAGGCAUUGGCACAAAUAUAAAUGCCAGGCCAUCAGAUUUGAUGGAUAGCCGGCAAUAUUCUAGACUUGGCUCAAAUGGGCAUUCAAUUGAUUUGAAUGAAGUUUUUGGUCCCACUGGAAACGGUGGGUGUCCAACACCAGGGAAUCCAUAUGCAUGGAGUAGUUCACCCCAGCGACAGCCUCAAAGGAUGAUGUGGCCAAACUCACCAUCAUUUGUCAGCGGAAUUUGUGCUGCACGCCCACAAUUGCAUGGUGUUCCUGGAACACCAUCUCAUAUGCUGAGUGCACUUCUACCAGUAAACAAUCACCAUGUGGGAUCAGCACCAUCUGUCAAUCAUUCUCUUUGGGAUAGAAGACAAGCUUAUACAGGUGAAUCUCCUGAUGCUUCUGUCUUCCACCCGGGUUCUCUUGGCAGUUUGCGGAUUUCUGGUAAUUCACCACAGCCUUUAGAGUUUGUUCCUCAUAAUAUUUUCUCCCCGGGAAAUGGAAGUUGUAUGGACUUGCCAAUACCUUCAAAGAAUGUUGGAUUACACUCGCCUCAUCAGAGGUGUAUGAUGUUUCCUUCAAGAGGCCAAAUGAUUCCUAUGAUGAAUGCAUUUGAUUCUCCAACUGGAAGGACAAGAAGCAGGAGAAGUGAAGGCACUUCGAGUCAAACAGACAACAAAAAACAGUUUGAACUUGACAUUGACCGAAUUAUGAGAGGGGAUGAUAAGCGGACGACAUUAAUGAUAAAGAACAUUCCUAACAAGUACACUUCAAAGAUGCUUUUGGCAGCAAUUGAUGAACGCCACAGAGGAAGUUAUGAUUUUAUCUAUUUACCCAUUGAUUUUAAGAACAAAUGCAAUGUGGGUUAUGCAUUUAUCAAUAUGACUGAGCCUUCGCUGAUUAUUCCUUUUUAUCAAUCAUUUAAUGGCAAAAAGUGGGAGAAAUUCAAUAGUGAAAAGGUUGCAUCACUUGCGUAUGCUCGCAUCCAGGGAAAAGCUGCCCUCAUUGCUCACUUUCAGAAUUCUAGCUUGAUGAAUGAAGAUAAACGAUGUCGGCCCAUACUUUUCCAUACUGAUGGUCCCAAUGCAGGUGAUCAGGUGCCCUUCCCCAUGGGUGUUAAUGUCAGGUCAAGACCUGGAAAGGGCCGAAUUGGCACAAGUGAAGAAAACAACCAAGGAAGUCACACAAGCCCAACCAAUGGGGAGUCGAGUGGUGAUUCAUCUUCAGUCUCUUUAAAUGAGUCAAACUAAACAGGCUGCUUCGAUUUUGUUGGCGCUAACCCUUUAGGAAUGAGGGCACAUGGAUUACAUCCCCGUCCGAUUUUCUUAUGUAUAUUAGGGUUGGUCAGCGGAAAGCAGAAGAGCAAGAAGACAAUAGUAGUCGUUACUUGGUACUUUCUGUUUCUUUGGUAACUCCCGAAUUGUAUGAGACCAAUGAGCAUUCCUACCCCAUUUGUUUCGGAUACUGAGCUGAGGCGAUCCCUAGGAGCAAACAGUUGAGCUUCAAAAGUUUUGAAGAAUUUAGAAGUACUAAUUGCUUA